AUGCCAAGCUUGCUCAAAAGCUGCUUGUGUAAUUGCUCUGCCGAGAUCACCCCUAUGAUGGUCCCGCACCCUCUCUGUCCUGAGUGCCAAAGCGAGUUUGUCGAAAAGAUUGAGGAGGACAACGACCCUCGGUCCUUUGUGGAAGCUGGACACGAACAAGGCGACGACGACGAUGAUGGACAGGAAGGACAGGAGACCGUAGGACUGGAGGAUCUGCUUCGCGUCAUCCACCUCCUCUCCAGUGCGCCCAUGACAGUCAACCAGCGGCAACAACAGGCACAGGUACAAUCGCCCGGCGGAUACCCUACAGGAACCGAAGCAGGAGCCGCAACGAGCCCUUUCAGCCUAUUCAAUUCUCAGGCGGCUCGAUCUGCUUCAGGAAACACCACUACCAAUGUCGCUCGCGCCGCUGCCACGGAUUCCCAUGACGAAGAUGUAGAGAUGCUAGAUGUCGAACAGGAUACGGAACCUCGUCAACAACCACAGGGACCACCAACGUCCAUUUCAAGCCUGUUGGAACGUAUCGGACUCGAGCUACGCUUCAUGAACGAAGGCGGUCAGCCGGGUUUGGGAGGAUUCGGAGGGCUGUUCAACAUGGUCGGAAAUCCAGGAGACUAUGUCUUUGGCCAAGGAGGACUCGAUGAUGUGAUCACGCAAAUGAUGGAGAUGCAAAGGACUCGAGCGGAACUCCAGAGCGAGUUUGUUCACUUCACGUUCCACAAGAACAAGAGGUUCUACAAGCCCAUGGACAAGAUAAUAGACUAUGUCGAGCAGGACCCUCAUACCCGAGAAUUCAGCGAGAUGUGCCCUCCUCCUUUGCCCGCCGGCGUUGAUGUCUCCCACUACGACUAUGUCAAGCCCUGUUCGCCCAUCCAGAUGAACCAUCUCCGAUUGUUCAACCGAAAACCGAGGCCCAUGCCCCAAAGGUACGAACGAGCCUUCCGUCGAGCUGUCCGACACGUGUCUGCACUCAUGGCCCUGCCCGAGAAACUGCCCAUGCCGACCAAGCUCACACUGUCGACAGUUCGUUAUGACGGGUCCAAGUUUGCGGGACUGGACUAUGCGCGGUUAAAGCUCAAGUCUCGGCACCAGGCCCAUCCAAUGGCGUUGAGUGAUGCAGGGAUCGUCUGGGAUACCUUGCUCGAUGGGAGGAUUGUUCAACCUCAUGACACUCGAUUGGGUGGGAAGGGCAAGUUGAUUGAGAGAGGUGCUGGAGGUCAGGCCGGACGAGUUGAUGUAGACAAGGAUAACAUCUCGAUGGGCAGAUUGAUCUUGAUGUUGAGUCAUCGCGAUCUGUUGAUCCUGGGGGCGCUGGAACAACCAUUGACGGCGGCGUACCUGGACGAACGAUGGCCGAUUCAUAUUGGACAGAGUUGGUACCAUGGCGGAUCUGAGAAGUUUGUGAACAAGAUGACCCGCCAUGCGGUCUACCAUUGCUUUGACGCCAAAAAGUUUGAUGCCGCGAUCGAUGGCUGGUUGGUCAAGGAGGCGCUGUUGAUCCUGAGGGAGCAGUUUGUGGGAGGGAUGGACCCCAAGUACGACACGCUGUGGUCGUUUGUCUACGAGUCCUUGGUGGAGGUGGUGAUUUGUCGCGAUGAUGGGAUCCGGAUGCAGAAACAUGUCGGCACUACCAGUGGAAAUUGCUUCAACACUCUAGUUCAGAGCAUCAUCACCAUGUUCUUGGGAUACACUGCUCUGAUUGUCAAGGCCGAGGAGCGCAGGGGAGCCAUAGGUAUCGAUAUGAUCCUUAUGGAGUGCGAGAUCGACGUCCUAGGAGAUGACAUGGUCAUGGCACUCGAGAUGAAUUGGGUCUACCUCACCAAGGAGACUCUUGCAGCAGUGGUCCUGGACUGCUUUAACAUUGACUGGUCUGGCAAGAAGUCUUUCAGCACUCGACAACUCAUGGACGACAGCCUGCCUGGUACGAUUCCCUUCCAGGGCGUCCAAUUCUUGGGCGCCUACUUUCGACACCAACGCUGGGGUGAUGGCCCAUACGCGCCCAAGAUUGUCGUUCCCUACCGGCCCUUCAAGGAGACGUAUCUAAGCCUAAUGUUCCCUAAGUAUGGCGAGUAUGCCCCAGAACAUUCAUGGCUACGAGCGAUUGGACUGUAUCUAAACGCGGCGGGCAACCCAGAGACACAACUAUGGCUGGAGAAGUAUCUGGACUAUCUCGAGACGCUGGAUUUUGAACGGCCCACUCUUUGGCCCAAGUCGAUGGAGAAGAUGGUGACGAGGGAUUACUGGAACAUGGGACGACUCCCUCCUCUGCCUUGCCGUAUUACGAUCGAGCAAUGGUACCGCAUAACCGUCCUCGCCCGUGAGAAUGAGGAGUAG